AUGAGAAGAUCGAUUCUGGUAAGAUGUAAAGAAAUAAAUCCUAUUUCAGGUGGAAAGGGUAAACGGACCUGGAUGUGAGGAUUCGUCAUGUUCGGAGUCCUGCUCUGAAGUGGAAGUUGUGAUCGGAAAGGAGCAUUUACACGCAAAUGGAGUGUUCAGCAAUGUCUACAGAGCUGUUCUCUACUCUCCUCGUCGACAACCAGUGGCAAUUAAGAAGAUUUGGUAAAGAAAAAAACAUUAAUCUAGUCAGUUAAAUAUCGUCCUUUUUUAGGCCAGACAAAUCGCAUCCAGAUGCUGCAGAAAAGGAAAUCGAGCUCUUGACAAAAGUCAACCACGAAUGUGUGGUCAAAUUACUCUACAGAUUCAAAUUGGGAGAGGGCUCGCAGGUAAUAUUUAAUUGGUGUUGUCCCCGAUUCACCUGUAAUUACACUUUGGGACUCCCCUUCAGGCAUGUGACUGUCUCAUCAUGGAUUUCCUGCCCAUUGAUCUCUCCAAACUCCGGCUUUCCCAACCCAAUCGCCGCUUCCAUCCGUUGGAUGUCAAGUUGUAUUCUUUCCAAAUGUUUGCCGGGAUUGAUCACAUCUCUUCCAAGGACAUUAUCCAUUGUGACAUUAAACCCUCCAAUUUGAUUGUCGAUCCAGAACUCGGACUUCUCAAGAUUGCUGACUUUGGAAAUGCGAGGAUUCUGAAGAAGAGUGACAAGGUGGACUCUUAUCAAGUCACCAGGUACUAUCGGGCACCAGAACUUGUCUUCGGAUGCACCAAUUUCACGGUUUCCGUGGGUCAGUUGAUUAUUCUAUGCACAUUACGUUUCUUACACUUAAUUAUUAAUUGGUAUUUAUGAUAUGAAUUUAAUUUUUCAAAUGUAAAUUUCAGAUCGUUGGUCAUGCGCUUGCGUGUUAUCGGAGAUAAUUUUGGGCAAGCCAUUGCUCCAAGGCAAGGAUAAAUUGGAUCAAGGAAGGGUGAUAAUCGAGAUGCUGGGAUACCCCAGCUCCUCUGCUGUCAAGGCCAUGAACGUUUCUCGGCCGAGGAUCUCGAGGAAACCCGGAAGAGGUCUGAAACCGGUAAGAUUGACAAGGAUUACUGUAAAAUGGACAUACAAAUUUUUUACAUUACUUCAGCUGAUUGCUGGAUACGAUUUCCCUCCAGAAGCCGAAGACAUUGUCUCCAGAAUCCUCGUUUACGAGCCUCGACUCAGAAUGCGGCCCGAAGAGGUGAUGGGCCACAAAUAUUACGACGAAUUGCGACGAUUGCCUCCGGCAAAAAGGGAAAACGGUCGAAAGAUUCCUUCCCUCAAUUACUGGACCAUCGAACAAGUACAUCCCUUACAACAAUCUUCUUUACUUUUUAGAGCACCCAAUCAGACCGGACUCGAAGACCGACCACUUGA